CCGGAGGAGAAGAGGGGAAGGCCCCUGGCAGCCAAAAUGAAGUCGCUGCUGUCUGUGUGCUGCUUGCUGUCUCUACUAUCCCUGUCAGAUGCAGGAUCCUCCAUCCACGAUGAGGAGCCUCUGGUGCGUCUGCAGCUCCAGCAGCCAGAGGGAGACUUCUUCUCCUGUGGAUGUGACACAACAGAGGAGCACGCCAGCCAGAGCUCCUCCAAUGACACCCCUGCCCCGGAAAGGGCCAUGUGCCCGCCCUGCAAACCCCCAUCAGCUGUAGAAGAGACGGCUUUAAGCUCAGAACAUGAAGAGGAGGAGGCUGAGGCAGCUCCUGUGGAGGAGGAUGCUUCCACUGAGGAGGUAACAAGUGAUGGAGAAGAAGUGCAGGAUGAGGUUACUUCCCAAGAAGAGGUAGAAGAAGAGGAGGCGACACCUGAGGAGGAGGCUGAAGAUCAAAGUGUGGAGGAGGAUGAAGUAGAUGAGGAUACAUCAUCAUCAGAGGAAGAGGGGGUAGCUGAGGUUGAGGAAGAGAAAAUCGAGGAAGGUGAGGGAGAAGCAGAGGAGGACUUACACCAAGAAGAAGAGGAAGUGAGUGAACCUCAGGAAAAAGUUGCAGAAGAGGAAGGAGCUGCUGCGUCUGAGGAAGAAGCAGUUGAGGAACCAGAAGGUGAAGACACACAGAAGGAUACAGAGUUAGCCAAUGAGGAGGAAAGUGUGGAAACUGUCAUGCAUGAGACUGCCGAGGACGCAGCUGAGGAAGAGGUUGCAGUGGCUGAAUCUGAACCAGAAGAAGAACCAGUUGAACUUCCUCAAACACACUCUGAACCCGAGGGAACAAAACCAGAAGUGAUGGCGGAAUCUGAGGAUGAACCAGAACCAGAGGUUAUUGCAAGGCCAGGACCAGAACCAGAGGUGAUUGCAGAGCCUGAACCAGAACCAGAGGUGACUACAGAGCCAGAACCAGAACCAGAGGUGACAAGAGAGCCAGAACCAGAGGUGUCUACAGAUACAGAACCAGAACCAGAGUUGACUACGAGGCCUGAACCAGAACCUGAGAUUGAAGUGGUUGCAGAGCCGGAACCAGAACCAGAAGUGGAGGCAGAGCCUGUUGUGGGGGAGGUCACACCAGAAUCUGUAGAGGAUGUGGCUGUGGAAGGGGAACAAUUGGAGGAGGCAUUGGUAGAUGUUGUUGAGGAGGCUCCUGUGGUGGAGGAGGCCCCUGUUGAUGUCGAGGAGGUGACAGUGGAAGAGGUGACUGCAGAGGAGCCUGCACAGUCCCAAACCAAAGAACAUAAGAAAGAUGAAGCAGCAGGCCCCAAACUGAGGGACCGCGCCCACAUUGAGGACACGCUGCGAUUGGCUACUGAACCCUCAACAGAGUUCUCAGCUGCUAUGAAGAAGCUGUUGAACAUCUACCACACUGCCAUCAAGCCAAUGGAACAAGCCUACAAGUACAACGAGCUCAGGCAGCAUGAAGUCACAGAUGGUGAGAUCACCUCCAAGCCCAUGGUUUUGUUCCUGGGACCCUGGAGUGUCGGCAAGUCCUCCAUGAUCAACUACCUGCUGGGCCUUCACGGCACCCCACAGGAACUCUACACAGGUGCUGAGCCCACCACCUCAGAGUACACAGUCAUAAUGCACGGUGAGAAGUUCCGGUCAAUAGAGGGCAUCGUCAUGGCAGCAGACAGCUCACGGUCCUUCUCGCCUCUGGAGAAGUUCGGCCAAGGCUUCCUGGAGAGGCUGGUGGGCGUCGAGAUGCCCCACAAGCUGCUGGAGAGGGUCACCUUCGUUGACACGCCGGGCAUCAUUGAAAACCGCAAGCAGCAGGAGAGAGGUUACCCCUACAACGAGGUGUGCCAGUGGUUCAUAGAUCGAGCCGAUCUGAUCUUCCAGGUGUUUGAUCCCACGAAGCUGGACGUGGGUGCCGAGCUAGAGAUGCUCUUCAAGCAGAUGAAGGGCCGUGAGUCCCAGAUUCGCCUCAUCCUCAACAAAGCCGACAGUCUUUCCACCCAGAACCUGAUGAGGGUCUACGGUGCCUUGUUCUGGAGCAUGGCACCCCUGAUCAACGUCACAGAGCCUCCCCGGGUGUACGUCAGCUCCUUCUGGCCUCAGGACUACGCUGCAGACACCAGCCGGGAGCUCUUCAUGAAGGAGGAGAUCUCUCUGCUGGACGACCUCAACCAGGUGAUUGAGAAUCAGAUGGAGAACAAGAUCGCCUUCAUCCGCCAGCACGGCAUCCGUGUGCGCAUCCACGCCCUGCUGGUGGACCGCUAUCUUCAGACCUACUACGACAAGCUGGGCUGGUUCAGCGACCCCUACGAGGUGUUCCAAGACAUUGUCAAUGACCCGGACAAGUACUACAUCUUCAAAUCCAUUCUAGCCAAAACCAAUGUCAGCAAGUUCGACCUGCCCAACAAGGAGGCCUACCAAGACUUCUUUGGUGUGAACCCGGUUUCCAGCUUCAAGCAGCUCUCCUCCCACUGCAGCUGGACCGGCGGCUGCCUGCUGGAGAAGAUAGAGAGGGCCAUCUCAAAUGACCUCCCGGCUCUGCUCAGCAGUGUCAGCAAGGCCGCAGACACGCCUGCCCCAGCGAAGGCUGCUCCCGCACCUCCGCCUCCACUCCCUGGCACCUGUGAGGGUCCCGGGUGUGAGGAGAAACCCAAGAAUCGCUGGAGGAAGCAUUGAGAUGGAGGAGCGCGGUGCAGGAGAAGGAACAGAAGAAGCAGAUGGCAGCAGCAGCCAGAGGGUUUCCUGCUAUAAUCCUCACUGCUGUGAUUUUCAGAACUAAGUGUGUGGAGAGCAGGGAAAGAAUAGAAACGACCUGAGUCAGAAUGCUUCUUAGCGCUUUUACCUGCGUGGAGUACCAAAUGGACGUCUUUUACUGUAAUUGACAGAAAUAUAGAUAUAAUAUAUAAUAUCUACCCAACUCUCUAGUACAUCUUCUACCCUUCUGGUAUCUAGGUAGGUUAAAACGGUUUGUGAAAAGGGAAAUUUUAAUGGUUUGGUAAGAAAACAAAAGUAGAAAAAGAGGCUCGAAGUCAACUUUCCAUCUGAUGCUAUUGUGUCCGCAAAAUGUGAUAAAUGUCAAACUUAAAUGAACAAACUUCCAAAACAUGAGAACAGAAGACAAAAAAAGAAUCCAAGACGUCUAUGUAACCUUCCAUAUUUAUGAAAUCUGAAAAAUGAAUGUUUGUUUUGUUUGUUUUUCUCACUGUUUUUAAGUUUGUACAUUAUUUAUUCAAGUUGUUUUUCUUCAGAGAAAGGGGCUGGCAGCGAUUUUACUCCUCCAGUGAUACAGGACAUGCUGCCACUCUUUUGUCUUCUUUGUUGUUUGCGAAGUCUGAAGAUUGAGAUUCAAACUGCUGUGCUGUGUUUUUACAGUUAAACCAGUGUAGGUCAGUAUCGUGUCAGGAAGUUUAUUUUUAGUGGGACAAUAGAAUAGAAAGAAGGGUGCUCUCAUAGUGUUUUAUUGAGCAUGGAUUCAACCAUGUUUAGUCACUGAACUGUACUGCACUACUGUAUACUGUACUGUCAUUUUUUUCUCUAUUGUACUAUACUACGUUCAUUAAAGAAACAAGUUUGAUUUUAUUUGUUAGGGCUGCAUUAGGAAUUAAUCAACUGAACACAACCAUGGUGUUCUCCUCAAAUCAUUUAAUGGUAGCUUUCUGUUCCAUUUAUUGCCACCGCGGCCUUUUCAGCCCUCUGAACUGUUACUAGUUUCACUCCAACACGGCUGUGUACCACAUGGAGAUUUCCUUUAAAUUGUAAUCUUUUCCUUGUUCUUUUAGGUCUAUUUGUAAUUGUCAUUCUUUUGAGUGCUUUCUUUUGAGUAAAGAACAAUAUAAAAAA